CAGUUAAUACAAAGGCACAUCGAACCCAAAAAUCAACAUGACCAGCCAGUCUCAGGGAAUCCAGCAGCUUUUACAGGCAGAAAAACGUGCCAAAGACAAACUCGAAGAAGCCAAAAAGAGUAAGCCUAGAAGGAUCAAGCAGGCUGACACGCUUGCCACAGCAGAGAUCGACCACUAUAGAUUACAGAGGGAGAGGGAAUUCAGGCACAAACAAUCUAAUAUAAUGGGAUCCCAGGGUAACCUCUCCACUAAAAUAGAAGAGCAAACAACAGAAAAAAUCCGAGACAUCACUAGUAGCUUCCACAAGUACAUGGAAAAUGUGAUGAAACAACUUUUGAACAUGGUAUUUGACAUCAAGCCUGAAAUCCACUCAAACUACAGAGGCACAGUUUAAAUCCCAUUAUGUGUGCAUGUAUCAACAGAAGUCACACUGUUUUCCUGGUAAUCCAAAUCAUCUUCUCCUUUAUUGGAUUGUCUGAAUGUGAAGGAGAUCACUAAGCCCAAAGUACAUAGCCACACACAAUAUUUUUUAUGUAACAAAAUUCUGCAAGGUUCCACAAGCAUUUGAUGGAAAGGAUUUGUUUUUCCUAUUGAUAUAAUAACUAUCAUUUAUUUAAACAGUCAUUUAAACAGUGGCAAGUCAAUAGAAGCAGAAUGAAUAAUUAUUUGACAACGACAGCUUUUUAGUGGGUGUCUAUUCUCUUUCUUAUAUAAACUGUUCUGUACAACCCGGGGCAUUAUAUAAAAUGCUAUGUACUACCUCUGUACAACUGGGGUGUUGUAUGAAAUAAUUUGUCCCGAUUCUUAGUGCAUUAAAAAUUAUCAGAUAUGUGAUAGUUUUAUUUUACUUAAAAUUAAAGAGCUUCUCUCUUGUUUUGAGGAAACAGAGUGUUCAUUAUGGUCCAUAUAGGGGUAAGCAGUUUCAGUUUCCUGUAUGCAUUUGCAAUUACUUGUCUAGAAUAAUAACAAAACCACAAUUCAGACUUGGAGGGUGACCAACACAAUAACAACAUUGCAUGCAAUAACACAGUUCAUCUAUCCACAGUGGUGGCUCUUUGUAAUUGGAAAAAUGUAAAUGUCACUCUCAAAGAAUUGUUGCACUGUUAAAUAGCACCAUAUAUCCUAUAGAUUUUGAUUUAGGGCUGAAAUCAAUAUUAAUGAUUUGUACUACUAAUAAAAUUGCUUUAGCUCAAGAUACUCUAUUGUGUAUCUGUCAUCUAUUUUAUAUACA